GAUGUCUCUAUAGGUGCUUGUAAUAUUUCACAACGCCUCUCCUUAAACAUGUAUCGUUGUUAUUAAAUGCUGGGACAUGAAAAUACACGGUGCGUCGCGGCUAUACUUGCAUUUGUUACUCAUUCUUCACAGAGUGCUAACCAACGGCUCCUACCUGAGAUACACCUGGACACCUCCGUGUGGCCAAUCGUCGCGUACUGCGCAUGCUCUAGCCUCUCAAAGGACAACACUGUCAUGGCGGAGACGGGCUGCAGCAAGGGGUGAACCAGGAAGAGGGAACUGAAGACAGGAUAAUACCACAAUUUAAACAAGUGUGAUUGAAAACGCUGAGCAUUCUAUAUCGCUGUGUUGCUUAUCCUCUGGCAGCUCUGCCGGAGCAGAGGGCGGAUCUGUGACCGCUGCGUUUCGUAGAUAUUCAAGCCACAUUACCGUGCGGCAAAUGUACCUGUCUACGGAACAUACCCUCCUGUUCUAAAGAAAGGGGGACAAGUCAUUGUUUUUUUGUCAUAUUUUGAAAACCGCUGGAGCAAACUUCAGAUCAACUGGUUUUGUGCUGCUAUGCAAAAUAAAUCCAAUUGACAGACAAACCGACACAGCGGGUUCCGUGCUGUACCGUACCAUUUAUUUAUUUUUUUAAACUCUGAGGAUAUAUUAUAAGUUAGUUUUUUUUAAAAAAAAUCUCUCGGGUCUGCCUCUUAAUUGCAACAGACUAAAUUGCAACAGACUAAAGGGGUGACCGAAAGGAAUUUGAAUUUCAUCUGCCUGACAACUACAAACUGCUCUGACACUACUGUUGUAUCUGCAUCCUUGAAAAAUAGAAGAUAAGAAUUACGGUACUUUUAAUUAAAUUCUGUUUUGAAUUCGGGGGGAAAGAAAACGGCAUUUGUAUGCGUCUGUUGUAAUAAUAAUAUAGGACGAAACAAAAUCAGACUCAAACAUUUCUAAUAAGUACUUUUCUCUUCCACGCCCUAGACUGUAAAACCGGUAUCUCACCUGUCGUCUCCACUUCCCAUUCGUUUGCAAUGGCCAGUGAGGAGAAACCGGUUCCUCUUGGACUUCAGGCAGGUGAUGCGGGUGUUAAGGACGAAGGAACUGCUCCCCUGCCCCUGAACCCCGGAGUUCCGAUUCGGGGGAUCAAGAUGAAAUUUGCAGUACUGGCCGGUCUCGUGGAAGUUGGGGAAGUCACGAACAGGGAUAUCGUGGAGACAGUCUUGAAUCUGCUUGUAGGUGGCCAGUUUGAUCUGGAAAUGAAUUUCAUCAUUCAAGAAGUGGAAAGUAUCUCCUGUAUGGUGGAGCUGCUGGACAAGUGUGACAAGACUUGCCAGGCUGAAGUUUGGAGCAUCUUCACAGCCAUUCUCAAGAAGAGCAUUCACAACCUGCAAGCCUGCACCGAGAUGGGGCUCAUAGAACAGGUCCUCAAGAGGAUCGACAAAGCUGACAGUAUGAUAGCAGAUCUGCUAGUCGAUAUGCUGGGUGUCUUGGCCAGCUACAGUAUAACUGUCUGUGAACUCAAGCUGUUCUUCAGCAAACUCCAAGGAGAAAAAGGGCAAUGGCCUCCACAUGCUGUGAAGUUGCUAUCGGUUUUAAAACACAUGCCACAGAAAAACGGUCCUGAUUCUUUUUUCAGCUUUCCUGGAAAGAGGGCGGCGGCGAUAGCUCUGCCUCCUAUUGCAAAGUGGCCCUACCAAAAUGGCUUCACCUUUCAUACCUGGCUGCGAAUGGACCCCGUCAAUAACAUCAAUGUUGAUAAGGAUAAACCUUACUUGUACUGUUUCCGAACGAGUAAAGGACUGGGGUACUCUGCACAUUUUGUUGGAGGCUGUUUGAUUGUGACCUCAAUAAAAUCCAAAGGGAAAGGAUUCCAACACUGUGUGAAGUAUGACUUCAAGCCACAGAAGUGGUACAUGGUGACAAUUGUACAUAUCUACAAUCGCUGGAAGAACAGUGAGAUAAGUUGCUACGUGAACGGGGAACUUGCAUCAUAUGGGGAAAUCACCUGGUUGGUCAACACCAGUGAUACUUUUGACAAAUGUUUCUUGGGGUCCUCGGAGACGGCUGAUGCCAACCGUGUUUUCUGUGGUCAGAUGGGGGCUGUCUACCUCUUCAGCGAAGCAGUCAGUGCUGCUCAGAUUCUAGCUAUUUAUCAGCUGGGUCCGGGCUACAAGGGCACUUUCAAAUACAAGGCAGAGAGUGACCUUCUCUUUGCUGAACAUCACAAGCUGCUGUUGUACGAGGGGAAGCUGUCCAGCUGUAUUGCAUUCAUGUACAAUCCAAGAGCUACAGACGCCCAGCUGUGCCUCGAGUCUUCACCCAAGGACAACCCUUCUAUCUUUAUACACUCACCCCAUGCCCUUAUGCUGCAGGAUGUGAAGGCUGUUGUAACACACUCGGUUCAGAGUGCGAUCCAUUCCAUUGGAGGAGUGCAGGUGCUUUUCCCCCUGUUUGCACAGCUGGACUAUCUGCAGCACUGCUCUGACCAAGUGGACACUACCGUCUGUUCCACUCUGCUAGCAUUUGUCAUGGAGUUGCUGAAGAACUCUGUCGCUAUGCAAGAACAAGUCCUUGCCUGCAAGGGCUUUCUUGUGAUUGGGUACAGUCUGGAGAAGUCUUCCAAAGUUCAUGUCACCCGGGCUGUGCUGGAGUUGUUCCUGGGCUUUGCCAGGUACUUGAGUAACCUGCAGAACGGAGUGCUUUUGCUCAAGCAGCUUUGCGACCACAUUCUCUUCAAUCCGGCCAUCUGGAUCCAUGCCCCAGCCAAGGUGCAGCUGCAACUGUACACCUACCUGUCAACUGAGUUCAUCAGCACUGUGACUAUCUACAAUGCAAUCCGUAGAGUUGGGACUGUGCUGCAAGUAAUGCACACUCUGAAAUACUUCUACUGGGUGGUGAAUCCUCUAGAUCGCAGUGGAGUUACUCCGAAAGGCUUGGAUGGCCCAAGACCUAACCAGAAAGAAACCCAUUCCCUCCGAGCGUUUCUGUUGCUCUUUGUAAAACAGUUAAUAAUGAAGGAUUACGGUGUGAAGGAAGAUGAGCUGCAGAGUAUUCUGAACUAUCUGCUUACAAUUCAUGAGGAUGGCAAUUUAAUGGAUGUGCUGCAGCUGCUGGUUGCGCUGAUGUCUGAACAUCCAGGCUCCAUGGUCCCAGCCUUUGAUCAACGGAAUGGAAUACGAGUCAUCUAUAAGCUCCUUGCAUCAAAAAGUGAAGGGAUUCGAGUGCAGGCUCUGAAAGUGUUGUGUUACUUUUUAAUGCAUUUAGGGACCAAGAGGAAGGCGGAAGUCAUGCUUGGGUAUGGGUUGUUUUCACUGCUGUCCGAGCGGCUGAUGCUCCAUACCAAUAUAUUCACAAUGACUACGUAUAAUGUCCUGUUUGAGAUCCUCACAGAACAGAUUUGUACCCAGGUUAUACACAAACAACAUCCUGACCCUGACUCCACGGUAAAGAUACAAAACCCACAAAUCCUCAAGGUGAUAGCAGCCCUGCUGAAAAAUUCCUCCCAGUGCCCAGAAAGCAUGGAUGUCCGCAGAGUCUUCUUGUCAGACAUGAUCAAACUUUUCAAUAACAGCCGGGAUAACCGGAGGAGUUUACUGCAGUGUUCAGUGUGGCAGGAAUGGAUGCUCUCUCUGUGCUACAUCAACCCUAAGAACUCGGAAGAGCAGAAGAUUACAGAAAUGGUCUAUGCCAUCUUCAGAAUCCUGCUCUACCACGCAGUUAAAUAUGAAUGGGGAGGCUGGCGAGUCUGGGUGGAUACUCUUUCCAUCACCCACUCCAAGGUUACUUUUGAACAACACAAAGAUAACCUUGCUCAGAAGUUCAGAGAGUACCAAAGACAAGGGGGUGAAGCUUCUGAUCUAGGACACAUAGGCCUCAUCAGAACUAUCUCUGGUGUCAGCAGCGAUGUAGAAGCUGUGAACAAGGUAGAAGAGCAGAUGAGCACCUCAUAUUCUCCUGAAGCAGUUCAGGGCCAGAAUGCAGAAAUGGUAACUUCCUCAGAGACUGAGCUUAAGACUGAAGAUAAAGAACAUGCUCCUGAACCAAAAGCUGAGGAAGAGAAAAUGGAAGAGCCAGUAGUUACUGAUGUAUUUACUUUAGUGACUGAUUCAUCUCUGGCUGCAGAAGAGAAGGUUUCUACAGAGCAAGUGGAAUGUGAGAAGCCUAUUGAUAAACCUACAGCUAAAACACUGGAAGAAUCUGUAGAGGAUCCCAAGAACCUGGUGGAGCGUACACUGAAAGACAACCCUGUGGAUGAAACCAGCUCAGCAGAGGCCUUCUUGGAGCAGGUUACAUCAGAGGCUUCUAAGAAACUGGAGGACAAAGUCUCUGGAACAGACAAUGUGGAACAGAAAGAAGAAAGCAGUGGUGUGGCUUCUGCAAAUGAGCAAAUCAACGCUGAUAAUGAAAAUCAUGAAGACUCUGCCCCAGCAGCAGAGGAGCAGGUCACAACAGGCAAAGUAGAUGACACGUCUCAACUCAAAGAUGAGGAAAAGCCUGAAGACAUGUUGACUCAACCGAAACCCGUGUCUGAUACCUCUGGGUCUGAACUGCAUGAAAGUGGGGAGAAGGUACAUACACAGACAGAGGCAGAAGUGAAUGAUCAGUCCAUUAAGGAGGUGGAAGAGAAGAGCGGUGAUGCAGCAAAAGCUAAUGGUGGCAAUGAUGCAGAUCAAGGUCUUGCUGAGAGCUCCACCUCCACCGCCCCUACAACCACUGCUACCACUAGGACCAAAGAGAUCAAGAUAGCGAGACUGGAUGUUUCAAGUGUGGCAUCUGACACUGAAAGACUGGAGCUGAAAGCAAGCACAAGCCAAGAGCCAACUUCACCAUCGGAGUCUGGUCAAGGACAAGAAGCAGCCUCUGGUUCUAGUGGACAGGGGAGAGAUUCAUCGGCAAGGUCCACAAUGUUCCGCGUCCCUGAAUUCAGGUGGUCUCACAUGCACCAGCGCUUGCUCACCGAUCUGCUCUUCUCCAUUGAGACUGAUGUUCAAAUGUGGAGGAGUCAUUCCACAAAGACGGUGAUGGAUUUUGUUAACAGCAGCGAAAAUAUCAUCUUCGUGCACAACACUAUUCAUCUGAUCUCCCAAGUGGUAGACAACAUCAUCAUGGCUUGCGGUGGGAUCUUGCCUCUGUUGUCUGCAGCCACCUCUGCUACGCAUGAAUUAGAGAACCUCGAGCCAGCUCAGGGUCUUUCCAUUGAGGCUUCUGUAACCUUCCUCCAGAGACUGAUUAGCCUUGUAGAUGUGCUGAUUUUUGCUAGCUCUCUUAGCUUCACCGAGAUUGAGGCGGAAAAGAACAUUUCAUCGGGAGGGAUUCUGAGACAGUGCCUCAGAUUGGUGUGUGCAGUGGCUGUAAGAAACUGUUUGGAAUGCCAGCAGCUCACCCGUUUCAAGCCUGGUCUGGAAAAUGCCAGGGGACAAAAAGCUAUGCAAAGCUUAAUGGGAACGGGAAAAUCUGCCCCAGCACAGAGCCCAGUGGAUGUUGUCAUAGGUGGUAUUUCACCUAUAAGAGAUCUUGAUCGGUUGCUACAAGACAUGGAUAUUAACCGUCUACGUGCCGUGGUCUUCAGAGAUAUUGAGGACAGCAAGCAAGCCCAGUUUCUAGCCUUGGCUGUAGUGUACUUCAUUUCAGUUCUCAUGGUAUCGAAGUACAGGGACAUCCUGGAACCUCAGAAUGAACGGAAGCCUCCACAACGCAGCCAAUCAGUGAAGAGCACGAAAAGCGGGAGCGAUGUGGCUGCAUCUAUAGAGCUGGAUAAGGGUGCCGAUGGGGAUAACGCCCAUGCUGCUGCUGAUUUUGAGAAUGUCUCUUCUUUACGGAGAAGGGAUUCUGGUAUUGGAGAGGACCAGGCCUCCAUUGCUGCCAGCGAAGUGAAAGCUGGGGCAGGGGCUGGGACUGAGGCUGUCAUCGCUGGGCCCGACGCCAUCAGUGAGGUGCUGUCCGCCCUCUCCUCUGAGGUGAAGAAAUCCCAGGAUUCCCUAGAGCAGGAGAACAAGAUGUCCUCUUCAGCAGCUGCUGCCAAUCAGGGCAAGAACGUGAAGGACAUACUGCGCAGUCUGGUCAGCACGCCAGCUGAGGAAAUGGUAGUCGACCCAGCCUUCCUUCCUCCAGCAUUCUUGGGAGCUAUGGGAGAUGGUGCUACAGAUAAAUCUGUACAGUUCAGGUCAUUUGACAGGAGUGUUGUGGUAGCUCCCAAGAAGGCAGGUGGAGCUCCAUCUUUGCCUCCUAGUACAGUAACUGCUGCCACACCAGUCCCUGCUACUGCUGCCGCUGCCACCCCAGUUAAUAAUGUCAGCGUGGUCUCCACAUCGGACUCUCCCCAAAGCACAGCAACAGAGCCGGCUGCUGGAAGUGGAUCUGCAAGUGCAAAUCUACCAUCUGUUCCCACAGUGUCCCCAAUGACACAAGAUUCUGCUUCAAAUAUGAGCAUUUCUGAAAGGCUUGAACAGACCCUUGAAAAGGCUGCCCCUCUCCUGAGGGAGAUAUUUGUGGAUUUUUCUCCCUUCCUUUCCCGUACCCUUUUGGGCAGCCAUGGGCAGGAGCUGCUCAUAGAAGGUACAAGUUUGGUCUGCAUGAAGUCCAGCAGCUCGGUUGUGGAGCUGGUCAUGCUGCUGUGUUCUCAGGAAUGGCAGAACUCUAUCCAGAAGAACGCUGGGUUGGCCUUUAUUGAACUCGUCAACGAGGGCAGGUUGCUGAGCCACACUAUGAAAGAUCACCUGGUGAGGGUCGCAAACGAGGCAGAGUUCAUACUCAGCAGACAGAGGGCAGAGGAUAUCCACAAGCAUGCCGAGUUUGAGUCUCAGAGCGCCCAGUAUUCGGCAGAAAAACGAGACGAAGAGAAGAUGUGUGAUCAUUUGAUACGAGCAGCCAAAUAUCGGGACCACGUAACGGCAACUCAGCUGAUCCAGAAAAUCAUCCACAUCCUCACGGACAAGCAUGGAGCCUGGGGGAGCACUGCUCUAAGUCGUCCUCGUGAGUUCUGGCGCCUCGACUACUGGGAAGAUGACCUGCGCCGCCGGCGACGCUUUGUACGCAACCCCUUUGGAUCCACACAUCCUGAAGCCACACUCAAAGCAGCAGUAGAACACGCUCCCGAGGAAGAUGUCCUGGUGAAUGGGAAGCAGCAGUCGAUCAGAAACCAGGCUUUGGCGAAUCAAAAUUCUGAAAGUGAGAUACUUCUGGACGGGGACGAUGACACCAUCUCCUCCUUGGAGGAUAAAGAAUUGGAAAACUUAACCGGUCCGGUAAGCCUAAGCACUGGAGCCCAGCUGGUUGCUCCAGCUGUAGUGGUUAAAGGGACCUUGUCCAUCACGGCUUCUGAACUCUACUUCGAAGUAGAUGAAGAAGAGCCCAGCUUUACGAAAGUCGACCCAAAGAUUCUCGCCUACACUGAAGGACUCCAUGGAAAAUGGCUCUUCACAGAGAUUCGGGCUGUCUUCUCAAGGCGCUAUUUGCUACAGAACACUGCGCUGGAAAUAUUCAUGGCAAACAGAACUGCUGUCAUGCUCAACUUUCCAGACCAGUCUACAGUAAAGAAAGUUGUUCACUGCCUACCGCGUGUUGGAGUUGGGACGAAUUUCGGUUUACCACAGACCAGGCGUAUCAGUUUGGCUAGCCCUAAACAACUCUACAAAGCUUCUAACAUGACCCAGCGCUGGCAACGCAGAGAGAUCUCAAACUUUGAGUACCUCAUCUUCCUCAACACAAUAUCUGGACGGACUUUCAACGACUUGAAUCAGUACCCCGUGUUCCCUUGGGUUAUCACCAACUAUGAUUCAGAAGAGCUGGAUUUGACACUGCCCAGUAAUUUCAGAGAUCUGUCCAAGCCCAUAGGAGCUCUCAAUCCAAAGAGAGCAGCCUUUUUCUCUGAUCGCUUUGAAUCCUGGGAGGAUGACCAAGUCCCAAAGUUUCACUAUGGCACCCAUUAUUCAACUUCAAGUUUUUCACUCAUGUGGCUGCUGAGAAUAGAGCCUUUCACCACAUUUUUCCUGAACUUGCAAGGGGGGAAGUUUGCCCAUGCAGACAGGACUUUCUCUUCAGUGUCGAGAGCGUGGCGCAACUGCCAGAGAGACACCUCCGAUGUGAAGGAAUUGAUUCCUGAAUUUUAUUAUCUUCCGGAGAUGUUUGUCAACUCUAACAAUUACAAUCUGGGCGUGAUGGAUGACGGGACAGUGGUGUCUGAUGUCGAACUUCCACCGUGGGCUAAAACCCCAGAAGAGUUUAUCCGCAUAAAUAGACUGGCCCUUGAGAGCGAGUUUGUCUCCUGCCAGCUACACCAGUGGAUAGAUCUGAUUUUCGGAUACAAGCAGCAAGGUCCAGAGGCUGUCCGGGCACUCAAUGUCUUUUACUACCUAACAUACGAAGGAGCUGUUAACCUGAGCUCCAUUGCUGAUCCAGUGCUAAGAGAGGCUGUUGAAGCUCAGAUCCGAAGUUUUGGACAAACCCCUUGUCAGCUGCUAAUAGAGCCACAUCCUCCGAGGAGUUCUGCCAUGCAGGUGUAUCUCCUCCUGCAGACCCCAAUGAUGUUCACUGAACAAAUGCAGCAGGACGUCAUCAUGGUGCUCAAGUUUCCGUCUAACUCCCCCGUGGCUCACGUGGCCGCAAACACGCAGCCUGGGCUGGCUGCACCCGCCAUCAUCACUGUCACUGCCAACAGACUGUUUGCUGUGAACAAGUGGCACGGGCUCAGUGGCCAUCAAGGCUCUGUCCAGGACCAGCCCUACCAGCUGCCAGUGGAAAUCGAUCCUGUGAUAGCCAGCAACGUCGGCACCCACAGGAGGCAAAUCACUGACCUUUUGGACCAAAGCAUUCAGAUCCAUUCCCAGUGUUUUGUCAUCACUGCUGACAACCGAUUCAUCCUGGUCUGUGGCUUCUGGGAUAAGAGUUUCCGUGUCUAUUCCACUGACUCAGGUAAACUGACUCAGAUAGUUUUUGGACACCGAGACGUGGUAACAUGCCUGGCCAGAUCUGAAUCGUACAUCGGUGGAGACUGCUACGUUCUCUCGGGGUCCCGAGAUGCCACCCUCCUGCUCUGGUAUUGGAACGGCAAGAACAACAGCAUUGGAGAAAACCCGGGCACCGAGUUCGUCACGCCCAGAGCUAUUUUGACGGGACAUGACUGUGAGAUUACCUGUGCAACUGUGUGUGCUGAACUGGGCCUGGUUAUCAGUGGCUCCAAAGAGGGCCCAUGCCUGAUACAUUCUAUGAAUGGAGAUCUCCUGCGGACCUUGGAAAGCCCGGUAAACUGUGUAUGGCCGAGACUCAUCCAGUCCUCUGCUGAAGGGCACUGCGUGGUUUACUAUGAAAAGGGUCUCUUCUGCAUUUUCAGCGUGAACGGGAAGCUGCUGGGCCACAUGGAAGUGGAGGAAAAUGUCAAGGCAAUACUGUUGAGCCGUGAUGGACAGUACUUGCUUGCUGGAGGAGAUGGAGGAGUGCUGACAGUCUGGCAGAUUCACAACCUUAAGCAGCUGUUCACAUACCCUGGAUGUGAUGCUGGGAUCAGGUCAAUGGCCAUGUCACAAGACCAAAGGUGUAUAAUUACUGGCAUGGCCUCCGGAAGCAUAGUACUAUUUUACAAUGACUUCAAUCGAUGGCAUCACGAAUAUCAAACGAGAUACUGAAGCCCUGAAGAGAAGCACUGGUAAUAAGAGAUUGCUGUGAGAAGGGAUGUGGAGCUCACUCUUCAGUCCUGUCAUUUGUUAUUAAACGCACUAUCUAUAUAAAUAAACCUAUUCAGUUCCUGGAUGUAACUUAAAUACUGUCAAGAAAAAGCAAACUAUUUUUAAAUGGUCAUUGCUGUAUUUUGUAGACCUUAAUGAAUUUCAUAUAUUAUAAAAAUUAGGGCUGGGUUCUAUAGUUAUGGAAAAAAAAUAAAUUAAAUCUAUUUUUAGCUGUAAAAGUCUAUUUUCAUCUCUGUGCAAAGAAAGCAAUGAUAAGGUGGUUGAGUGGUCACUAGCUAGAAAAUUAUAUUUACAUCAAUGGUCGUAGAUUGCUCAUGUUUUUGCUUUUUUGGGGGAAUGGGGAAUAUGUGUAGUAUGAGGGGUGAAGAAAAAACAUUGUGUGUGUGGUCAUUAUAUUUUUCAUAAGCAUUGUGCUACUUUGACAUCUGUACUGCUACUGAUGUUACUUGAUAGAGUAAUAUUCUGUGAGAGUGUGUUAUUCUGUACCUUUAUUACUAUGUUCUUAGAAUCAGUACUGUUCUAAUCGUCAUAAACUGACACCAGACAAGGGAUUCCUUACUUUUUACACAACUUUGUAUGCUCAAAUCAGUGAUAAACAAUGUUUCCAUUGCGUCUUAAAAAAAAAUAAAGGAGAGAUAGGGGGGCACCCUUUUCAGUUUCAGUUUUGAGAGACAAUCUCUUCUGCUGUAUUCAUGAUGAAUAUUUUGACCCAGGAACAGACAAGUGACAAUGCAAGCGUGUUCUAUAUAAGACACUGAAUUUAGCAUCAGUGGGGUUGUCACUUCUGGUCUGUAUCUUUAUGCUUAGGCCUGAAAUUAAAUUGUAUCCAGUGGUAAUCUUAAAUGCAUUUAAUGGAAAAACAUAAAAAAAUAUAUAUAGUAGUGUUUCAAAUCUGAAUAUAGAGCAAGUCCGCAGUUAUGGAUGUCAGAACUCUGAGCAUACGUUAAACAUAUGCACACGUCACAAUAUACAGAGUCCAGCCAGUAACAUGAAGGUGAUUUUAAAAAUCUGCUAUGCAAAUACAGCAGGGGUUUGAUUUGGAGUGUUUCAUGUGAAAUGAGAGGCUGUAGUCAGAAUAGAAGAAUUAACUUCACUCAGCACAGCAGACUGGAGUCAAGGAAUAAUAAUACAAUGAUCAAGCUUUGACACCCUUUGGUUUUAGAUUAGCAAUCAAUCAACAGUUUGGACAAAUAAAGACACAAGUACACAUUUUUAGAAAAAAAACUCAGUAUUAAACCAUAGGGUUAGUGUAGAAACACAAAAAAGAAACCAGGCACCUGUUUUAUUAAUUUUUGGUUUAACAGCUUCUGGUCGAAUUGGUAUAGCUUGUACAGGUUUAGGGGAUAUCUGUUGAACAUUGAUGUUUCCAACCGUGUCUAAAUAUUUAUUCAGAAUCAGCAUACCUGCCUGCUACUCUGGGAAGUCCUAUUUAAAUAAAUUGAGGGUGAAUGGAUUCUACUGUGUAUAUGAUAAAACGUAACACAAUGUAACCUAUUUAGUUAUACAUCUGUUUAAACUUGGUCUUUAAAAAAAAUUAAAUAAUAAUAAUCUAAAAUUGUAGGCUAAGCUAUUUUGAUGCAGCAUCUACACGGUUUUCAGGAUUUCACAUUUUUACAUAUUUAACUAGGAUGCACACAACUUCUGUAUUUUUCAUGACUGGUAUUGAAAAUGUUCUUGUUCCUGUGAUUUAGACAAAGAAGCAAUGGAGUAUCUGGGGUAUCUGGGGUAGCUUUUUAUUGUCUUUCUGCAAUGCCCCAGUUCAGGAUGUUGAAAAAUUAUAUAUAUAUAUAUAUAUAUAUAUAUAUAUAUAUAUAUAUAUAUAUAUAUAUAUAUAUAUAUUCGACAUCCUGUGUGUGUGUGAAAGGUGUGCAGUAAUGUUGGUAUGCCUGUUUCCCAUACUGUGAGGAUUCCUUUAAAUGUUGUAAGUUAAAAUAAGGCUGCUAAACAUUCCAACUUGGAUUUUUUUGUCUUGUCUGCCUAGUGUGAGGGGGGAAAAAAUCAACUAGCUGCCUAAAGAUACAACUGCAAGAAAUUAAGGACUACUGUAUUUUUAUGUAUCACUGACUAUUUUGGUAAUUGAUUUGGAAUGAGGUAUUUCGAUGUGUGAUGACUUUAAACAAUAAACAAUUUGUAACUGAAAGAAAAUGUGCAUUUGAGUAA